AUGGCUCUCAACGACAAGACGAUCUUGCAUUAUCACUUUGUCAGCUCCAAGCCGCCACUACAUACGAUCUCUGCCAUCAUGCGACUGAUCCUUGCAGCCACACUCAUCGGAAACGCUUCUACACUUGUGUACAACGAUCAAGUCAAGGUCAGACCGUGUCUCACCUUCUCUCGAAUCAAACACACAGCGCGCUGGCAGCCAUCGCUCCUCUUUCCCUGUCCAUUGGCUACUUCCAUGGGAGCCAUCCAGACUCGACUACCAUCUCUCUGUCUCAUCACGACCUUAUGUCGACAUCUCACUGGGCUACAUCCCCCUACUCCCUGUGCUGGCUCCGUUCCAAUACACACUGCUCUGUACUUUACCCAUCCGUCUCGUCUGCCUCGCUACGAGCAGCAAUUCAGACAUAUCAUCGUCAUCGCCUUCAGAGUGUUUUAG